UGCUCAGUGUCUUAGCCACUGAGCCACCCUCAGUAGUUUUGAGUUCCACCCAAAGUCAGGAAAUUCAGCUUUUUCUGAUGUUUUGUUUAGUUACGCAAGAGCAUGAGAAGUUGUGCAAUUGUGCUCCAAGAAUUCUCCUUGGCGCUGAAUCUGGCAAGUCGCAGCCUCCAACUGGAGGUCAGUUUGUCUUUGUUUGAAGGACAAAAAGUACAGCCAACUCAGCUACGAGGCCUUGGAGCGUAAAAAGAAAACAUUACAGCUUGAAAGCAGAAAAAGAGAGAAACGGUUUACGGGACAGCCGGGAGCAAAGUGCCACCUGAGGGAGAAAAUCACAGGUGACAACUACUUCCUCAAGCAAAUAUCAUUCUGCGGAAGGGUUAAUUUGAAUUGCUGUGAGCCUGGACUGUGGAAUGCGAAAUACCAGCUGAUAGUAGACAUUGUGCAGGGUCCCAUCCUAGCAGGAAAGGGGCGGGGGGGGGGAACGAACUGUCAGCAAGCUCAGGUGUGAAGGAUUGAGAAUUGCAGAGUUUACGCUUCUCAUCUCAGAGAAGGUUCAGAAAUGGCCAGAGUUUGCCUCCUGCUGCUAUGUCUCAAGAUGUGUGAAAUUCACACACAAGAAGGACGCUGGGAGACCAACUGGAAAAGGAACGACUCCGAUGUCAUAAAUGACCUGCUGGACCAGUGGAAAAGGAACGACUCCAAUGCCCUGGAUGAGGAUUGGAAGCAGCGGCUACCCAAGGGCAUCAUCAUUGGCGUGAGGAAAGGGGGCACACGGGCUUUGCUGGAGAUGCUGAGCCUGCAUCCCCAGGUGGCUGCUGCUCACUCCGAGAUCCAUUUCUUCAACGUGGAAGAGAAUUACCAAAGGGGAUUGGAUUGGUACAGCCAACAGAUGCCCAAUUCCCACAGCACUCAAAUCACUGUGGAAAAAACGCCAGGCUAUUUUGCUUCCCUAGAGGCCCCGGAACGCAUUUAUACCAUGGACAGAUCUGUGAAGCUCCUCUUGAUUGUGCGGGAUCCUGUGGAAAGGCUGGUGUCCGAUUACACCCAGAUCCUCUACAAUCGCAAAGCGCGGCAGAAACCGUACCAGUCGCUGGAGGAAAUCCUGAGAAGGGGCCAAGAGCUGAACACCGACUACAAGGCCAUGCAACGCAGCCUCUACGCGCUACACUUGGCUCGGUGGCUGGAGUUCUUUCCCACGACACAGAUUCACGUAGUAGACGGAGGCGGCUUAAUACGCCAGCCGCUCUCAGAGAUGCGUCACGUGGAACAGUUUUUGGGGCUGGAGCCUUACCUAGGCCCUGACAACUUUUAUUUCAACGAGACCAAAGGCUUCUUUUGCCUUCAGGCCGCAGGAGAACGGCACUGUCUUGACCCGUCGAAAGGCCGGCCUCACCCCACCGUGGAUGAGUUACUGCUGGAGAGACUCUGCACCUAUUUCAGCCAACACAAUGAGGACUUUUUUGCCAUGGUGGGACGGACUUUCAACUGGUGCUGAGUCUGGUGUCGAGACCAAGCUGGGCUUUCCGUGAAUAUUCCCACUAAAAAUCUUCCCAUUUUUCUUUCAAAAUGGAAAUUCAACUCUUCGAUUUAGAGUGAAACAGCCAAGUCUGAAGUUGGAGGUUUUAAGAUCUUUGGGAAAUCACUUAAAGCAAAAGCAUUUUUUGAUAAGUGUUUUAAGUGUUUUCUAGGAAUCCCAGCAGGUGAAGUUAUGCUCUUUAUGGUUAUGGUGCCUCCACCUCUGCAAAAAAAAAAACAAAAA